AUGGCAACUGUACAGGAAAAUGAAACAAAGCUCCUGGAGCCGUACACGUAUAUUAGCAAGCUCCCUGGCAAGGGUGUGCGUGCAAAGAUGAUUGGCGCCUUCCAGACAUGGCUGCGCGCUCCUUCUGAGGCUGUGGAGAGCAUCCAGAGUAUUGUAGACCAACUGCAUAACGCCAGUCUUCUUAUUGAUGACAUUGAAGACGAUUCGGAGAUGAGACGUGGUCAGCCCGUGGCCCACCACAUCUUCGGCGUGCCAGCCACAAUCAACUGUGCCAACUACGUCUACUUCUUGUCGCUACAAAAGUGUCAGGCUUUGGGAAACCACAAGGCAUUGCAAGUGUACACUAAAGAGAUGCUGAGACUUCACCAGGGACAAGGAUUGGACAUUUUCUGGAGGGACCAUAUGCAAUGUCCUACAGUAGAUGAAUAUCUUGAGAUGGUGCAAAACAAAACGGGAGGACUGUUUCGACUAGCGGUGGGGUUGAUGCAGGCAUUCAGUGAUUCCACGCGGGACUUUACGCCACUGCUGAAUGCUCUGGCUGUGUAUUUCCAGAUUCGAGAUGAUUACGUUAAUCUGCUUGAUGAAGCUUACAUGGAAAAUAAAAGUUUCUGCGAAGAUUUGACGGAGGGAAAGUUUUCGUUUCCGCUUAUUGUGGCUAUUCGAGAAAACCCACAGGACACAAGAUUGCUAAGUAUUCUCAAGCAACGGACAAAGAGCAACAAAGUUAAGCAGUAUGCUGUGCACUAUUUGCGUGAGACAGGGGCGGUAAAACUCACUCUUGCGAAACUUAACGACACAGUCGAGGAGAUCCACAAUGAAAUUGCCUCUUUAGGAGGUAAUCUAGCGUUGGAGCAGAUUGUGAAUGGCUUACAUUCGACCAUCAAGUAG